AUAACGGGGAGGAUGGAGAAUGGUGCAACGACACUCGACAAGAAAUGCCACGGUCUCUCAAAAGGAUUGAUGCACCUCUCAAAGGCCUCCGACACUUGAGAUCCAACAACAACGCAAACAGAACAGAUGAAUAGCUGAUUCAAGUUUGGAGCUGUUGCGCCUUCACUUGGCAGGCCAAUGCAGUGUGUGGGGCCUGGUGUCCAAGCUGACGAGAACAUGAACGGAGCAGGAGAGCAGGUGGAUAUCCUGCCCCCAAACUGCAUGGUGAAGGACCGAUGGAAAGUGCUCAAGAAAAUAGGAGGGGGAGGUUUUGGGGAGAUAUACGAGGCAUUGGACCUGCUGACACGAGAGAAUGUGGCCCUUAAGGUGGAAUCAGCCCAGCAACCCAAACAGGUCCUCAAAAUGGAAGUUGCUGUCCUGAAGAAACUGCAAGGUAAAAAUCACGUUUGUAAAUUUAUUGGAUGUGGGAGGAAUGAGAAGUUCAACUAUGUAGUCAUGCAACUUCAGGGAAGGAACUUGGCUGACCUAAGACGUAGUCAGCCUCGUGGGACAUUCACCAUGAGCACUACGUUACGUCUGGGCAAGCAGAUACUGGAAUCCAUAGAGGCCAUCCACUCUGUAGGCUUCCUGCAUAGAGACAUUAAACCUUCAAACUUUGCCAUGGGUCGACUUCCCUCGACAUACAGAAAGUGUUAUAUGUUAGACUUCGGGCUUGCACGCCAGUACACCAAUACUUCAGGAGAGGUUCGACCGCCUAGAAGUGUGGCUGGAUUCCGAGGAACUGUUCGUUAUGCAUCAGUAAAUGCACAUAAAAACAAAGAAAUGGGACGGCAUGAUGAUCUGUGGUCACUGUUUUACAUGUUGGUAGAAUUUGCAGUGGGUCAGUUACCAUGGCGAAAAAUCAAAGAUAAGGAACAAGUGGGCCAAAUUAAGGAGCGUUACGACCACAGAAUGCUGCUCAGACACAUGCCUUCAGAGUUUUAUUGCUUUCUUGAACAUGUAUCAGGCCUUGACUAUUUAACCAAGCCAGAUUACCAGUUGCUCAUGUCAGUGAUUGAGAACAGUAUGAAAGAGCGCAGUAUCACAGAGAAUGAGGCGUUUGACUGGGAGAAAGGGGGAACUGAUGCAGGACUGGCAACUCCCCCUCAACAAAACACAACAGAGCGCCGUCAGAACGCCGCCAUGGAGGGCGUGUUGAAUGUAUGUCCUGUUCCUGGUGAGAUGCCAAGAGACUCCACUGGCGAUGUACUGCAGGAUGAGCACCUGAGCAACCAAGAAAAUGCUCCACCUGUUCCCAGUAGGUCCCGAGAUGGGACCCGGGUUCAGGCAGAGGGCGAGGCCUGGGAGGAUACAGACUUCAACCGCAACAAACUCAGGAUCAGCAUCAGCAAGACACAGUUGACUGCCGAGGAGGAGCCAGCCAAGGCAGCGUGUCAUGUAUCCCCAGUAGGAGACCCACCAGACUCUCCCGGAGCUCAGGCCCGUGUCCUCAUGUACCGAAGGGUCAACAGCCCGGAAUCCGACCGCUUAUCUGCUGCUGAUGGAAGGCCAGAUGUCUAUGACAGGCGGUCCCGGAUGGACAUCCUGGGGUCCCCAUCCCGCCAUGUGUACUCCUCCCAGCCGGCCCAGAUGCUGUCCCUCGAUGCAGGGGGAGGUAACAGGCAGGCAGACGGUAGGCAGGAGGUCUCCGCCGCUUCCGCGGGUGAUCCCGAGGCCUGCAGCAACGCCUUCAUUCGUUCUGUGCCUCUGGCUGAGGAGGAGGACUUUGACAGCAAGGAGUGGGUGAUGAUCGACAAGGAGACGGAGCUGAGGGACUUCCACCCUGGGGCGGAGCCCACCACCUCGGGCACCACAGACGAGGAACCGGAGGAGCUGCGCCCUCUGGAGGAGCAGGAUGAGCGCAGGCGGUUACGGGGAAGUGCCGGAGCAGGGGAGGUGGUGGUGCGGCCUAAGACACACGCAGACCGCGGGGCUUCUAGAGGCACUGGGGCACUACACGAGGAGAGUGAAUCAGUGCGAAGGCAACAAGAGAAUCGGGCCCAGAGACGGGAGUCAGAACCUUUUAGACCCCAUGGGCAGUUGGAGGAGGACAGGCCCCACCCCCACCACCACCACCACCAACACCAACACUCUUACCCGAGGCCCAACCAAUUGCGGAGAUUGGCGUCGUAUGUGUUCUCCUCCUCGACACUGGAGACGGAGCAGUAUCCCCACGGCAGCGCUGAGGCCGGUGCUUUGAUCCAGCGCAGCCGCUCAGCAGAGAGCAGCCCCGCCCGUCUACCCUCGCGCCGCCAUAUGCCCCUGUUGCCCGGCAUCUCCCGUGUCCAGAUCCAACAGAUGCUAGCCAAACUCAUGAAUAAGACAAAAGUAUUACUCCUGACACUGGUUACCGUGGAAGAGAGAAUUACCAAACGGAAAUCUUUUUUGUGCCAUGUCUUUCAGGUAUCCAGUACUCCAGUACUACACCAGUGUAGCAGUUUGGAGGAUGACCAGAGUGAAGAGAAGUACAAACUCAAUGUCCAUACAAAAGGCUGCUCACGAGAAUUAGUUUGCCUGUCCACCAUGCCCAAUGCCACUCCUCAGCCUCUCCAAAAGCCCUUGAAACCCAAUCUUGACGUCCAGACAGAGGAAGUGGACACCCCAAGAACUGGAGCACAGUCAAGUAGGGAAGAUAGCCCCAAGAGCAACGAAGGCAGCCAAGAAGGGGAUGAUGAUGAAGGGGCUCCUUCCACCCUUCUAGCUGACAUGUCCCCACAGGGUGCCCAGGGUCGGGUCUCUGCCAGUGAGCCAGACCUUGAGCUGGAGGAGGGCUCCAAAACCCUGGUGCUCUUCUCCCCUGGUGACAUUAGGAGAUCUUUGGUUGUAAUGGGGGAGGGGAAUUUGCCUCUGGACAUGGAUCAGGGCACACUGGUGGCCGUCACACCUCAGUUUGACAGAGUCCAGGUGUUAGGAAGCCUGCUAGAUGUCUUGGAGCCUGUGAAUUUGUCUUCAUUGCUCAAAUCUGAACCCAAACCUUUGACAUCCCUUGCCAAAGUAGCCGCUGUGGCUGCGAGCAACUCCUGCCCUCUCACCAAAGUGGAACGUACCUUCAUUCACAUUGCAGAAACCACCCACCAAAAUGUAAUGUGCUCUUCGGGUGCCCUGCAGACCAAACAGCUUCUGCCGCAAGUCACUGGGGAGCCAUCUGCAGAGCAGAAGGACAUCUCAAAAAGAGAAAAGAAAAACAGUAGGGAGAACUGGUCAAAUGAAGCAAUUUCUGAAAGGGAUGAUGAAAAGAAAAGGAACCAUGAAUCGGAAUGGGCUGAUCGUCCAAUCAAUGAAAAGGAUAAAGCAUCUGAAGGCAAGGUGGGAGACGAAAACAAUAGAUCUGACGAAGUCAUACCAGGGAGCGACAACGAGGGGGGGAGAGAGAUUAAGUCUGAGGUGUAUGUUGCAGAGAGAGAAGCCAUGAAUGCUUCAGUUAGUGAAAAGUUGGCUUUGGUUGAAAACCUUAUGGUAAAAGAGUCUGAGGAUGCCAGUUUAGCUAAAGAAAUAGAGGGGGCAAUCCAAAUCUACGAGUCUAGCACAGAAGAUAUAGGGGCAAUCCAAGAAACCCAGAAUGUAUCUCUCAGUUCCCCAGACAGUAAGUUCAUGUCUCAACAACAGGGCAACAAUAUUGUGACGCCCCCUGAGAUUGAGCUUGUCCAGGUGUCAGUGUCCAGAAUACAAAGCAACUCCCAACUUGUCAUGGAACAAUUCCAUCCAGCUUCUUCACAGGAAGAAACCAAGGGCUCUCAUGAGCUGCAUCAGGAAAUUGGCCCUAGUGAUCAAUUGGCAGAGGUAUCAAACACACAGACCGGCCAUCAUAAAAGCAGUCGAAUCCCCAUCCCUGUGCUUCUAUCUGAGGAGGAUGCUGGCUCGGAGCAAUCCCAGUCACUCAGUGAGCCCAGAAAACGGCUGAGGCCAAAGCGACCCCAUCUUGCUCGUCUAGUGAUGGAGAGGAGGCAGCUGAGGCUGGCUUCGGGGGCCUCAUCCUCUGCCUCCUCAGGGGACAAUGUUUGUAGAGCCUCAAGAAGCCCAUCUGUUACUGCUUCAGAAGAGGACACCCCCAAUUCGGAUGACUCGCUUGCCAGGAAGGUCAGAGGCAAAAAGGAAGCAGGAUAUCAACAAAGUAAGAUACCUCGUCCCAUCAAAUCAGCAAAGGGAUCCUCUGUCAUAUCACCUCCACUGUUACCUACUGGUUCCGGUGUCCAGAAGUCUUUACCUAUACAAAGAUUCCAGACCUGCAAAAAGGGAAGCAUGAAAAUGAAUUUAAGGUCCCAAAUGCUCCAAUCCAAAUCCACCAUAUCUCACAGCUUUCCUAUAACUGGACACCAAGGCUGGGUUCCCCAGCCCCCAUCCACAUGCUCCUCCCCACGUAGCCUCAGCACCUCCCCACGCAGUUACUCCACCUCCCGGACGGACAGCCCCUCUCCCCAGCGCCAGCGUAGGGGCACUGCAGUCACAGAGGUCCACAGGCAGCUCAUUUCUUUCCGGGUACAAAAUGCUGCACCACUUAAAGCUAGAGCUCCUUUCCCUGAGGACUCCACUGCUGCCACGGCCAUUGCCAAUAGGCUUGGGAGACGGGGUAAAACCUACCCAUUGUUAACACCCACUAAAGGGAAACCAGAUGCUACGGAGAGCAAGACCACAAGAUAA